AUAUAUUACCGUGGAUCCUCGAAGGAGUGACUCUGAUUUUAUCUGACGAAGAGGGCGAAACCCGAGCAGAGAGAGGGAGUACUGUGUACGAAGAGAGAGAGAGAGAGAGAGAGAGAGAGAGAGGGGCGAGGAUUCAGGUGCUUUCGCCAUGCAUCAGCAUAGCCAGCAGCUUUCAUUCAAUGCAAAAGCUUUUACCGUCCAAGAUUCAUCAGCAUUGAAGCACACAGGCCAGAAUGAUUUUUUUCAGAUUGCAAGGGAUGAAGGCCAAAAUGGAGCACUCUGUCAGGCCGAAAAAGUUGUGCUUACUUCUAAGAAGCUCCAGGAUGAUCUACAAAUGCUUGGUGUAAAAAUAAAAGAGCACGAGGAGAAUAUCAAGUUUUUGAAGUCUCAUGAAAACAGCUUGGACGAAUCCAUUCUGGAUAUGCAAGUUAAUCUUGGGAGAUAUCAUUCUUCAAGUGCUUCUAUGAUCAGAGAUGAGAAUCACAGCAACAUGGACAGUGAGGAGGAGACAGUACAGCAAAUAAUAAGUCAUGAGAAAUCUGCUGCUGGCAUUUUAAGCCUACUGAAAACUCAUCAUGGCAGUCAGACUUCUCAUCUUUCAUUGACCAAGAAUGUGCUGGGUAUCGUCGCUACUCUUGGAAAAGUAGAUGAUGACAACCUCAGCAGGCUUCUCUCAGAAUACUUGGGGAUAGAAACUAUGUUGGCAGUUGUCUGCAAGACAUAUGAUAGUGUUAAAGCUCUGGAAACAUAUGAAACUGAUGGUUCUAUAGCCAAAGGUUCUGGUCUUCAUGGGCUUGGAACUUCCAUAGGAAGGAGUUUGGAUGGCCGUUUUGUUAUCAUUUGUCUUGAGAAUCUACGACCAUACAUUGGUGAUAUUGUUGCUGAUGACCCACAGAGGAGCCUUGAUCUUGAGAAGCCAAGAUUGCCCAGUGGGAUAACUCCACCAGGAUUUCUUGGUUUUGCUGUGAAUAUGAUCAAUAUUGAUAAUAGCAACUUGUUUUACCUCACAGCCAAUGGGGAUGGCCUUAGAGAGACUCUUUUCUAUAAUCUCUUCUCUCACCUUCAGGUAUACAGGACCAGGCAAGACAUGUUACAGGCUCUUCCUUUAAUAAGGCAUGGAGCCUUAUCUCUAGAUGGUGGGAUGAUAAAGGCUUGUGGAGUGUUUUCUAUGGGUAAUCGGGAAGACAUAGGUGUGAAAUUCCCCAAAAGCAGUGGGACAUCAAAUCUACCUUCAACAUAUUUUGAAAUUGAAAAGCGGAUCAAGGAGAGGAAAUGGAAAAAAGAAAGAGCUCUGGAAGAUUUGCAGAGAGAACAAGCAUUGUUGGAUCAUGCCAAGUACAAUUUUGAAAUAAAGAAACAGGAGUUUGUCAAGUUCCUGGCAGAGAGUGCAUCACAUGUGAAUCAGCAACCAACUCUGCCAGGGAGAGAAAGAUUGACCCCCAGAUGAUGCUUGCACCCGAGAAGGAAGAUCACCAUGAUAGAAGCCAAGAAAAUGCCCAAUGUAUUCAUCUGCAAGCAUGCCCUUCAAUUUUAUUUUUUUGCUAGGAGCUUUAUUUUAAGUGGAUUAAAGUGCGUCUUGAUGGAGAGGCGGGAAAAGUUAAGUGUUCUUUUUCCCCUCUGAAGAAACUGAACUGUCUUUUUACUUUAGGCUCCGCAGAUACCUUUACUAGCUUGUUGCAUGGUCUUCCGAUGCCUAGUCUUUUGUAGCAUAUAGGCCUCUAAACUAUGAUUGCAGGUUUAUUUUGUAACUUGGGCCGUAGCAUAUCAAAACUUUGAAAGCGCA